CUCCAGUUCAAAAAUUCUCAACCAGGGAGUUGAAAGAAUUGGACCGUUCAAUAGCAAUGGCAAAAGGGCAAAAGUGAAUUGCAAAACGUAAAGGGGUCGUCUUCUCGAUUCGAGGAUUAUACGAUUAUACGACUCUACGUAUGAAUGCUCGGUAAUAGGUGCAAUACAAGCUCACCCGAGAGCUCUAUACGAAGUAGUUACCUAUAUGGUAUGGGGGUUUUCCUUUCCGGGGAUAUGCAUUUUUCCCCUUAUUAGGCGGCAUCCCAAAUGAAUCGGCCCACCUCUUAGACCAAAAACGGGCGCAAAUCAAUUUCUUCUUCUUACGACAAGUCACCCUUAACGUCCCGUGUUCACGUUCCAACUCUUUACGGUAUUUGCGAGCCACUUACCGACAGAUCUUACCUCGCCUAGACUUGUGCCACUUCCGGUCUAUGGCGCUUCAUAUAAAAGUCGCGGCUCGGCCGCGUGUUCGUUGCCAAGGAGUGUGGGGGAUAUUGCAGCGUCUCGUCCUCGUCUCGCUUUUAUAUUACACGUGAUGUGCAUUCUAAUAAAGCUGUUUCGGUUUCCCUCCACAUGUAGAAUCGAGAAGUUGGUUUCUUCUCGAAGUAAACACGCCGGUUUAAGCACCGGGUGAGAGAUAGGACGAACGUUCGUAUUCGUCCCGGGCGCGCAAUGCUCGUUGUCAUCUUAGCACUACUCUAUGUCGUGGUGCCCACAAGUCAUGGCCUGGAUCUGGCCAGAGCCGAGUAUAGCCCUGAUCGAUUCGACAAAAGGGUACCAAGCCGUAACGAUUCGGUGACCGCGGUGAUCACCAGCACAUUAGACGUAUUAGCUCCUAGCCUGUCAGCGACGAGCUCAGAGACGUAUGAGAAUCCAAUAGAUUCCGUUUCAAAUACAACUUCUCCCCUUAUUAAUGACGUGUCUCUCGUCGUGGCGCCGUCUAAAGACAACACCCCUUCAAAAUUCGAAACGGGGUGGACUAUAAAUAAUUUGGGUACUAUUACCACAAUUGCGAGGCCGACACUUGUAUUGCCUACCUCGACGCCGACAAGAGGCUCUUCUAGUACCCUUACUUCCUCGACCACCAGUAGCUCGAGCUCAGUUUCCAGCACGGAUGAUGAGACCUCGUCCCCUAUACCGCCGCCGAUCAGUCUCAAUGUGACGUCCAAAUCAUGGGGUUGGAAUAUCAGCUCUAGUGCCUCGUCAUUGUCGACACCGCCAGUGUCUCUGCUCCCGCCAACGGUUACCAGCUCGAGCUUGACUGUCACUUCUACACCGAGCGAGUGCCCGGCUCAGCCAAGCGGUCCGAUUGUAGUUACGUCCUAUUCUAUCGUUCAUACAUCGACGAUUACGUGGACAGGGGACCCAAUCGACUAUACACCCCCUUAUCCAUCUAUAACCACGCCAAUUCCAUGUACUCCUAAUCCGACUGCAACGGGUCGGUUCACAAUUACCUUUUGCGAUGGUUCGGGUGGGGAUUGCUCACUCAUUCAUACGAGCACGGGUGACCUUGCCGCUCCAACAACAGUCACCCUCACUACGACAGACAAGAAUCCUGCCGUGGUAUUCCCGACCGAGCCUCCUCCAGGUUAUGGCGGAGCUCCUUCUGGGCCGAUGAACCAUGAUACAGCGGCAAACAGCGGUAGCGUAGUCACGCCAGAAUACGGUAUGCGCCCGACAAAUAUCGACUCGGCUAAGUCGUCUCCAGUUCCGACAGGUAACAAUGCCGGAGGCGGAGGCAGAUCUCCAGUAACUGUGGUAGUUCAGCCUGGCGAAGUUAUAGUCGGCGACGCAACAUUUACCGAUGGCCCGACGCAGGAGACAUCCACCGUUAUCGUAGGAGGCGAUACAUUUGUUAUUGACCCAACUCAGGUAAUAGGUGCAGGCGCUAUUGUGAACCGCCCCCCUUCCGACGUAGGGGGCAUGCUCGGGCCAACACCUGCGCCAAUAACAACCUCAAUCGGAGGGUUAGGGGUUGUUUACGGGCCAUCUAUUGCGACAAUAGACGGCACGGUCUUCACUAUCGAGCCCACGCCAACGGUGGCGGUGAUUCAGGGACAGACGAUUACGAUCGGUCCCGCAGGGAUUGUAUUCCCUAGUCAGACUCUACAUGUCGCAGCAGGACCCGGAAUAGCCCCAACGCAGACGGCGGUGCUAGGAGGGGAGCUUAUCACGGCAAUUGGAUCGGAUAAGGUCGUGAUCGAGGGGACCACCAUCACAUAUGGCCCUGGCUCUGGCUCUGAUCCUAGUGGCACGACUACAACAGUUAUCGACGGAGAAACAGUUUUGAUUGGACCAUCCGGCGUCAUUGUUCACGGCCAAACCAUAGGAGGCACCACAGCAGGCCCCAGUGUAACCAAGUAUAUUAUAGCGGGCGGAGCGACUGUUACACAAAUGGGGCUUACAGCAGUGGAGAUCAGUGGAAUGACAUUCCACGUUGGUCGCGGCGCUGAGACCGAAGUCACGACGGUGAUAGAUGGUCACACGCUGACCAUUGGGCCAGGUGGCGUUGGAAUGUCGACGUGGACGCUAGGUUCGCCUUACGCGUCUACGACUACACUCAUGCCAGGCCAUGGCGGGAGCAGUAAUGGAAACGGCAACAACGCUGCGAUGACGAUCCCAUCAGCCACGGGGUCGCCGGAGAAUAAGGGUGGAUCGGUACCACGGCCGGAUCAAAGCCUCUUCUGGAUUGGCGUCGGGUGCUUGGGGCAGAUGAUUUUCUGGUUAUAAGAAACAAAUACUUUUAUUAUUCUCUGUGUUAUUAUUUAUCGCCUAUCGCUUAAGCCUUUACACGCGCAUACUCGAAGUAUACACGUAGGUACACGUCCUAGGGGUCGGUUUCGGUUACACGGCGCAGGGCAAGGGAAGGCCAGGGGGCCGAAAGGAGAUACAGGAUAGGGGAAGGGGGGAAACAGUA